UGUGUCCUUCACCCUCACAGGGCAUGAUGUAUCUGGAAGAGCGGAGGCUGGUACAUCGGGACCUGGCAGCCAGGAAUGUGCUUGUCAAAUCCCCCAACCACAUCAAGAUCACAGACUUUGGUUUGGCAAGGCUGCUGGACGCAGAUGAAAAGGAAUACAAUGCAGACGGAGGGAAGAUGCCUAUUAAAUGGAUGGCCUUGGAGUGUAUCCACUACAGGAAGUUUACUCACCAGAGCGAUGUCUGGAGUUACGGAGUGACUAUCUGGGAGCUAAUGACGUUCGGAGGAAAGCCUUACGACGGAAUUCCCACACGCGAGAUCCCCGACCUCCUGGAGAAAGGAGAACGUCUCCCUCAGCCGCCCAUCUGCACCAUCGACGUCUACAUGGUCAUGGUGAAAUGCUGGAUGAUCGAUGCAGACAGCAGGCCGAAGUUUAAGGAGCUUGCGGCGGAGUUCUGCAGGAUGGCUCGUGAUCCCCAGCGCUACCUCGUCAUCCAGGGUGAUGACCGGAUGAAGCUGCCCAGCCCUAAUGACAGCAAGUUUUUCCAGAGUCUGCUGGAUGAGGAGGAGCUGGAGGACCUCAUGGAUGCUGAGGAAUACCUGGUGCCUCACACCUUUAACAUCCCGCCUCUUACCUAUACAACUCGCUCACGCCUCGACUCCAACCGAAAUCAGUUUGCCUGUCAGGAUGGCAGUUUUGGUAUGGAGGCCAUGAUGGCCACUAUACCCCGAGUUGUAGCUGUUUCCUCCGUAUCACCGUCAUGCUCCUCUCAAGAGACUCAGCAGGGUGCAACAGGAGUCACAGAAGACCUACGCUGUAACGGCACCCUGAGAAAACAAGCAUCUCCCCGGGUCAGGACCGGAGAGGAAAGCAGUGCACAGCGCUAUAGCACCGAGCCAACACUGCUAAUGGGUGAAAGAGCAGCCAGAGCAGAAAAAGACCAGGAUGGAUACAUGACUACUAAGAAGGAGAAGAAACCCACAGAUUAUCUCAACCCAGUGGAAGAGAACCCAUUUGUUACCCGACGCCGAAAUGGAGAAGUUCAUAAUCUAGACCAGAGCCACCAUUCAAGCACCAAUGGCCAACCCAAGAUGGAAGAUGAAUAUGUCAAUGAUCCCUUGUAUCUCAAUACUUUUCACAAUUCUGGAGAGAAGAAUCAGGAGACCUUGCGAAAGAAUGGCAUCCCUGUGGCCCAUGGAACGCUGGUAUUGGGCAACCCUGUUGCUGCCAGUGGGCAAAAUGUUGCUCAAAAAGGUCACCCAUCACACAGUGCUCCCUCAGGGCAUGGCCACAUCCCGGCACAGCCCAUUUACUCCGCUCAGUCUGGUAUACCCACACUUUCAAGCCACACCCUUCAUCCUUCGCUUUCAGGCCAUAGCCUCCAUGCAUCCCACACUCUCCACCCAGCUCACUCUGGCACUGUUGUAGCAGACAAAAAACCUAAAAAGACCUUUGAUAACCCUGAAUACUGGCAGCACAGUCUUCCACCCAAGGCAUCACUACAUGGGCCAGAGGUCUUGCAGGACUGCAGCACACGCUUCUUUUAUAGGCAGAAUGGCCGCAUCCGGCCUGCGGUAGCUGAGAACCAGGAGUACCUAACAGAAUAUGCCCUGAAAACAGGCACAGUGCUCCCACCGCCACCCUACCGGCAGAGGAACACAGUAGUGUAGGACCACGGAGGCAAAAGAGAUUAGCAGGAGAGGGAGAACAGGAAGAAGGGGGCAUUCAUAGUUUCUUUUAACACUGGAUUUUACAACAGUACCAGUUCUCCUCCCUUCCCCUCCUCUCCUCUCCUGUACCCUACUCCAGACUGUAUUUGAUGCUUAAUUAGCACCCAUCUGGUGUUUCUCUCACCGAGACAGAUGAAAGACAACCAUGUCGGUCAACCUUUCUCCUUGUCUUACCCCUCCACUUCCCACCAUCACAAAUACUUACCAUGAUUACCAUCUUUGGCAUGUGGACUUUGGAUUCCCUUGGCAAGAGAAAUCUCUUUCCACUGCAAUCCCAGAUUCUCUAUUUGCAUUAUACUGGGAUCGGUUUAAAGACAUUCUCAAAUCUGGUCGACAAGUAAACAUUUACUACACACUCUUGGACAACCAGUCUACUGCCACACUGUGGACAUUUUCGAAGAAGUCUGGACAAAAAGAGUACCAAGCACCAAUUCUGUCUAGAUGGGCCAUUUUUUCUGCACUGUUUCUACCCUUGUAAUUUGUUAAAUAUCAGAAUGCUAUUCCAUUCAAACAUAUUCUUUGUUACAGCUCCAUCUCUUACAUCUCUUAAAAAGUCCUAAGAGAGUAGUUUGGGACUCAUCGUCAUCAUACCAUUUCCCAUAGUCACUAUGGUCACUGCCUCUCUUUUGAAAUAAAUGCUAAUAGCAUUACAUUACCCCAAAGGUCCAAUAGCCUACAUUUGGGACCAUAAAGUGCCAGGACAAACCCCAUGUAUCCAAACACAUGCACACACCAAAAGUAAAAAAAAUAAUUGUUUCGUCAUGCCACUCUAUAUGGGCAAUACAGAGAGGAACUUAUGGCUACCGUAAAGUCUAUUGUUCAUAAAAGAGGAUGCGUUCAAUAGUCUGCGGCAGUAUUUUUCUUUUUGUUCCAUUCAGCCAGCAUUGAUUUUUUUUCACCCAGCAACAGUUGUCACGCAUCAAAGCACCAGCUGUGAUAAUGGACUGCACACACAGAGGUAAUAAAACGACUAUACAGACUGCACAAACUGGAUCUAUCUUAAAUGCCUGAUAAUAAUGACCAAGGCAUAUUACAAAUCAAAAAUGGAUGAUACAGACCUCUUGGUCAAUACUGACCUUUUCUGAAUGGCUUGAAUGCUACAGUCUGAGGAUCUGAGGAGCGAUAUAAAAUUGUGAUAGUCCAUCAAACGAGGGUCAGCAAGAGACACACUGGGACUCGCUUUUUAUAGCAACCGCUUGAGCUGGCACAAUUAAUCCUGAUACAGAGGAGCAUGAUGAGGAACAAGUGCCAGGAAAACCAUACCAAGAGGAAACAAAAAACUAACAUUCGGCAUUCGAGGCAGAGACUACUGGUCUUGGUAUGGGUCUUCUCCCUUUGGACUAUGUUCAACUGGAAAUAUGAAAAACGUUGUAAAGUUGUACAUCCUGCAACUUCAUAGGUUUGUAUUAUAAGAUAUAUGUUUCUCGUAAUGUUGGACAACAGAUUGAGAAAUGUCACACUGAUAGAGAGAGAGAGAGAGAAAGAGAGAGAGAGAGAGAGAGACAUGUCGAUCAUGUCUAGUGUCCAAGGCCAGGAUAGUGUGUAGUUUUGAACACUGCCAGGCGUUAUGUGUUGCUGCUAAUGGAGAGACUUCACUUGUCUCUUAUGUAGGUUUAAAAGCACUUAUUGGUCUGGCACUGUCAAUUAACAUCCCCCUCUCCAACCAUUAAGACUGAUAGAUAUUUGAAUCAUUCAUGUGAUUCCUCUUUUGUCAUACUGGUAAAGAAAGGCCAACCUGUUAUGUGUGGGUUGUGCUGUGUUUUGGUACAAUUUUUUUAUUUGAAAUAUUAUAUAAAGGGUCAUAAUCUGGUA